AUGCUUUUCUGCCACUCCAUAUUAAAACGUAUGACCAUUGAGCCCCUGCUAAGUCCAUGUCCCUCCCCUCCACCCUGCAGCAACCUGGGCUGGCUGAGUUAUGGGGCCUUGAAGGGAGACGGGAUCCUCAUCGUCGUCAACACAGUGGGUGCUGCGCUUCAGACCCUGUAUAUCUUGGCAUAUCUGCAUUACUGCCCUCGGAAGCGUGUUGUGCUCCUACAGACUGCAACCCUGCUAGGGGUCCUUCUCCUGGGUUAUGGCUACUUUUGGCUCCUGGUACCCAACCCUGAGGCCCGGCUUCAGCAGCUGGGCCUCUUCUGCAGUGUCUUCACCAUCAGCAUGUACCUCUCACCAUUGGCUGACUUGGCUAAGGUCAUUCAGACUAAAUCAACCCAAUGUCUCUCCUACCCACUCACCAUUGCUACCGUUCUCACCUCUGCCUCCUGGUGCCUCUAUGGGUUUCGACUCAGAGAUCCCUACAUCAUGGUGUCCAACUUUCCAGGAAUCGUCACCAGCUUUAUCCGCUUCUGGCUUUUCUGGAAGUACCCCCAGGAGCAAGACAGGAACUACUGGUUCCUGCAAACCUGAGGCUGCUCACCUGACCACUGGGCACCUUAGUGCCAGCCUGAACCAAAGAGACCUCCUUGUUUCAGCUGGGCCUCCUGUCCAGCUUCCCAGGUGCAGUGGGUUGUGGGAACAAGAGAUGACUUUGAGGAUAAAGGGACCAAAGAAAGAGCUUUACUUAGAUGAUUGGUUGGGGCCUAAGAGAUGAAAUCACUUUAUUUUUUAGAGAUUUUUUUUUUUUUUUAAAUUUUGGAGGUUGCAGUGAGCCAAGAUCGUGCCAUUCUGAUAUGAAUGUGCCUUAUAUGCCGAUAUGAAUAUGCCUUAAAAUAAAAGUGUUCCCCACCCCUG